AGCUUGUGGUCUGUUACGGAAGAAAAACGUAGACGGAACUUCCGUUCGGGAUUUACCUGCAUGGUGUUUACAGUUCUUUUACUAUAAGGUUAAAAAAAAGAAGCGGUUUAACUUAUUGAAACUUGUUGUGCCAACUUCUAACAGCACAGUAAAUGUUAAAGGUGAAAGAAAAACGUGGAGCCAGCAGGUCAAACCGCGUCUGGCUGCAGCAGAAGGAGAAAUCUGGGAGGUUUACUCAGAAAGAUCAGCCGCAGGAGCUUUCACGUUUAACGGAAAAUGAGCAACAGAGGGAAAAGUCCGCACGAUCAGCUGGACGUGUUGGUGUUCCCUGUAGAUGUUCAGCAGAUGGUGUUGAAUACAGAAGAGGCUCCUGAAGAACUGAGUCCUGGUGUGAGCCGGAUGGACCUGGAGACCCUCAACGUAAAGGAGGAAGAGGAGGAGCCCCUUAAUGAGAUGAUGGAGACUUAUGCCACCAGGAUUUCAUAUAAUGCCGCGUCUUGUCAGUGUGAGGAGGAUGAAGACAAAGUUCUGUUGUCACAGUUCGAUCAGCACCAGGCUACAGACGGAGAUCUUCCAACCGGCAGCUGUUCUGACCACAUGAAAGCAGUAAGUGGUGGAGAGGACUGUGGAGGAACAGAAAGUAGCAAGAAUCCAGAUCUAAAUCCUUAUGAAGAUGAUUCCACCUCUUCAGAGACGGAAAUCACUGAGAAUGAAGAUGACCAGGACGGAAACAGUUGUGACUGUCAGCUGAAAUCCUUGUCAGACUCGGAACCAGAAACGGAAGACAGUGAAAAAGAAUGGAAUGAGAGCGAGUCUUCUGAGUCAGAUGUUAAGGCUGUGAACAAAUCUUUAAGCUGCCCUGAGUGUGGUAAACCUGUUCUCCACAAGUGGUCUCUCCCGAAGCAUGUGAGAGUGAAAAGUUAUUCAGCAAUAAGGUCUUCAGGCUUUUGGGGCAAUAAGAAAGAUGUUGGGGUGGAGCAAAAUGUAGACUCAUGCAGGAAAGUCCAGACACAACUAAAAUCAUUCAGCUGUGAUGAGUGUGGAUUUUCUUUUAGCGAUGAAUCAAAACUUAACAGUCACAUGAGAAUCCACACAGGUCAGAAACCUUUUGUGUGUGAUGUUUGUGAACAAAGAUUUAGCCAUAAAGCACAUUUGGUCAGUCACAUGAGAGUCCACACAGGAGAGAAUCCUUUCGUAUGUGAUGUUUGUGGACAAACAUUUAGUAAAAGCUCAAGUUUAAACUCACACUUGCAAAUCCACACCAAAGAAAAACCUUUUCUGUGUGAUGUUUGCGGACAAAGAUUUAGCCAUGAGGCAUAUUUGAUCAGUCACAUGAUAGUCCACACAGGACAGAAACCUUUUUCUUGUAGGCUCUGUGGACAAAGAUUUGGCCAAAAGACAAGUUUAAGCAGGCACAAGAGAGUCCACACAGGACUGAAACCUUUUGGUUGUGACCUUUGUGAAAAAAGAUUUACCCGAAGGUCAAGUUUAAACAGGCAUAAGAAUGUCCACACAGGACAGAAACCUUUUGAUUGUAAGGUUUGUGGACAAAAAUUUAUCUGUAAAGCACAUUUAAACAGACACACACGUGUCCACACGGGACAGAAGCCUUUUGCCUGUGAUUUUUGUGGAAAAGGAUUUAACCAAAAGACUAAUUUAAACACUCACAUGAGAGUCCACACAGGAGAGAAACCUUUUGUGUGUGAUGUUUGUGGAGACAGAUUCAGUCAUAAGAUAAGUUUAAACACGCACACUAAAGUCCACACAGGAAACCAAACACAGAUUUAGCGACAAGGUGCCCUACUGGUACUAAGUUUUGACAAAAAGUAUAAUUUUUUCCAACCUCCAAAUGUCAGCCCAAUAAAUGACGAUGGAAGGUGCAGUAUACUAGCACUUGCAACUUUUUGAGUGAUGUAAUUAUAGAUUUGCGAACACAGAAGGUGUCCAAACAUGGAUUAAAAAAAAAAUAAAAGCAUAGCAUAUAUGGUAGUUAGUAAAAAUAAAAUUUAGAUAUUUAUUUUAACUUUUUGUUUAAUUUUGGGCUUGUUUGGUUGAGGUAACAUAUCGCCUGUCAGUGGGGCAGUUGUGGCUCUUUGUAGCUCAUUGCUAUUGUCGUGUGAAUGUGUGUGUGAAUGGAUGAAUGAUACACUAGUGUAACGCGCUGAGGAGUCCUCUGACUCUGAAAGGCUCUAUACAAGUGCAGGUCAGAUAUUGUUAUAUCAAUGGCCCGUAUUUAACACGGUUAUAGUGUUAAAAGAAGCUUCAUUUUUGUUUUUCUGCAGUGAGCACCAGUGGGAUAUUUAAUAAAAAAAUGUUUUUUUGAUUUCUGAA